UCUUGAUGGGAAAAGAGGGGUCGCCAUCUCGGACUUCCAUCGGUAUUCAACCCUCCUUCUAGACGACUUUGGGCAAUGCCAGUGUACAUUGCCGUGGAGUAUCGCUGUUAGACGUGUUUCGUAUCCUCUUACGUGUCGAACUACCCAAGUCUCCCAGCCUCGUGCCCGCUUCUGCGUGCGGAGAUGGCAGACCAACGGGAGAACCCCAGCUUCGGCGAUCUGACUCCCGAGGAGGCGAAUCGGAUCAUCCACGCCCACCGCAAGGUGCGCUAUGGCACCGCCUGUUGGCCAUGUAGGCAGCGUAAGGUGAAGUGCGACAACAAAAGUCCUUGCGACAACUGCGUGAGGCGUGAGCAUGCCCAACUAUGCUCCUAUAAACCCAACAGAUCAGCCGCCACCAAGAACAGCUCUAGCGGGCCCGAGACACCCCAGAGCCGCAAGCGAGAACAUUCGCCAGAUGAACAGGAUCGCCGAAGCUUAAGCAACGACGCCACCCCAGACACCGGCAUCAGGGUGUUCGAACCCGACUCGGUGGACGCCUCACGAUACUUGGGUCAAAAUAGUAUCCCUGCACUCUUGAGGGAGCAGGCAUCGCCCAACGAACCACAGAAGGGCGUCGAUACCAUCCGUCAAGACAUGCGUUCCAUCCUAGGGCUGGACAACACGGCCCCGUUCCCGUUGAUGUCCGCUCGGCAUCUUGACAGGCUGACUCAGGACAUCUCUGCCGAGCUGCCAUCGGACCGCGAGGUGAUGAAGCUCUUCCGAACAUACAAGGAGAUCCCUCAGCCAUUCUGGGGGUUCGUAAUCGAUAUCGACGACCUCGAAUCCAGGCUCAUGAUCUAUCUCGAGGAGCGGGCCAAGAAUGCAAGAGCAUCAACCAAGGUGGCCAGACGGGUCUCAGCAUCGUGGCUUGCUAUCCUCUUUGCCGUAUUGGCCGUUGGUUCUCAAUAUCACGACUCGCCCUAUCACAUCCGGACGCGAGACGCGCAGAAAUACAUCCAGAUAUCCUUCCACUUUCUCAGACUCGGCAACUUCCUUCUAAGACCCAAUUUCGACUCCCUCCAAGCAUUGCUGAUGACCAGCUUUGUCCUCCUCAACGACAUGAAGGCUGAGGGAUCCUGGGCGUUGUUGGGAUUGACAUGUCGGCUCGCGCAAUCCCUCGGCCUCCACCGGCCUCAAGUGAUCGACGGAAGGGAGAGUCCCGACGCGAGUAAACGAGAGAUGGUCCGCCAAAAACUCUGGUGGACCUGUAUUUGGCAUGAUACCCUCACGUCUCUGUCUUUCGACCGCUCGCCGAUGACAAAUUUCCCUAGCUCAUCCAUCCCGCUGUCACCAACCGCCAACCAAGAAGGCUGGGCGUAUCUCGAAAUGAUGAUGCAGCUCUGUCAGAUUAUAUCGCAACGCCUAAACCCCGAUGCCGUCGCAACAGCCACCUACGCAGAGAUUCUCGACAACUGUGAAGCUGUCGAGAACCUUCGGCACCAUGUCGUACCGCAGCUACGGUCCAAGGAAGCAUGCAAGUCGGCCCUUGAUCGGCUGCAAUACUACGCCAUCCGGCUUCAUAGCUCAUUUGUUAUAUCCGUAUGCUGCCGGCCAGCGCUUCGACGAGGCGACAGCAACAGACUGGAGGCUACACACAAGAAGUUCCUGGCGGACAAGUGCAAGGAGAAUCUGACAGAAACGGUGCGCAUGUUCCUCGCGAUGCAUCAGCUCUCUGUGAUACCCACGCGUUCCUGGGCUUUCACGUACCACGGCCUAUCGUCUGCGGUAUUACUCGGCAUCCUUUGCGAGACCAAAGCGGACCCGGAAGUCCGCCAACUGCAGGGAGACCUAAUAUCCGCCCUAUCGGCUACCGCAGCGAAGGAGGCACACUCCCCGGAACCAUACAUAUACAAGUCGGAGAGGGACAUUGAGCUUUCAGGGCCAUUGUCACGAGCCCUGACGGCACUAAAGAACAUCUAUGAUCAUGGGUCAGUAGUUGGUUCAGGAGUGAAGCUAGAGGGAAACAGCCUGCCGGGCUCAGGCGCACGCACACCGUUGCAAGUCGGCCAACUCUCCGGAGUGACCGCCGGAGCGGCCACCCCACAGGACCCGGCAUAUCGUGCCGGGCCGCAGCCCAACUUGGAUCCGCACCAAAACGCCGCUCUGGCCAUGGCCGAGAUGCAGCAGCAAGCUGGCGCAUCGAUGCAAAACUUCGCAAACACCGGCAUGCAAUUUGUGCCACCGAUACAGCAGCCAGCCAUGAUGCAGGACUUUGGCAACGUGGAUCCCGCAACAUACAUGUCCCCAAUGGACCUCUAUGACUCUAUAUUCUGGGAAUCGCCCGACCCGUUCAACACCGAAGUAGACUCCAUGACCUUUGACUUCCUCGCCCACCCUCCCCCUGGCCAACCGCAACAGCAGUACUACUUCUAGAUCUCGAGGGACUCUUUCCACCUCAUGUCUCUGGCAUGGAUCAGCAUUUUCUCUGGCGAACGAUUACGGCGCGGGUUGUGGUUCUUACUUGCUACGGAUAUGACUGUUAUGUGUAUUACGAGAGCGGGCGGGUCGGGGCGUCUAUUAGGAUCGAUGUAGGCUAUAUAAUGGUGUGGAUAGGAACUUCUACGAUGACAGAUCUAUGGUGUUUGAUCUCUCGCUUCUGUUUUGAACUCAGUUGUCCGCCUAGCGAAGAGGAACGAACCCAGCCUCCGUUGACGAUUUCGUGUCCGCCUCCGAGGAGAGCGGUGCCUACCUAGGAGGAAGGCAGGUCUAGCCACAUCUGCUGCAUGUAUACCUUAAACUUGGUCUCAGGGUCACAGCCAACCUUCAAUACAGGAAUCAUA